AUGGCGCAGACCAACUCGAGGCUGGACGUCAAUCCAGGAUCAAAAUCUGUAGCUGACGCCGAUCUACAUGAACCAGAUCUAAAGACCAGCAUUGAACGCGAGGGGUCUACUGGAAGCCUUGUAGCUCAAGCGUCGACGUUGUUCGGGUCUACCGAAAAUGAAGAAAAUGAGUUCGAUCCGAAGGUUGAACCCAACACACACUUCCGCCAAACUGUACACAAUUCAUCAUGCGAAGAUCUCCGAUCUGUUAAUGAUCCUUGGAAGCUGAGAAAUUCCAAGGACCAUGAAUCAUUCCUCCUGUCAAGAAUCUUCAGCGUUUCUCGAAGCAUGCUCAGCGCCUUUCUUCCCGACGAGGGGCGUCUUGUUCAUCAUCCGGUUUGUAAACGAUUCUGGGGUUCAGUCGACGCAAUAUUGAGGAUGAAAGGGUACCUAUCACCAGAAGAAGCACUCGAACAUUGGCACAAGAUUCACAUGAGAACUCCGUGUCUGCGCCAAGCGAAAAAGGGUCGGGUAUUUGAUGAUCCCUGUUUCGUCUGGAUCCGCCGCCAUGAAGUCGAAGAAUCCUCGACUAUCAGAUCGAAGGAAGCUCCAAGAAACGAAGUCGUUUCGUGUCUAGAGCUCUUCUAUGAAGAGUUACUAGACAUGGUUGACCGGACGGAGGAACUCCACAAGCUGGUCAUGAGCGUAACCAGCUUGAGCGACUCGGCCAACUGCCACGACAACCGGCCUCAUCUGCCCAAUAGCAUUGUUGAGGCUUUUGAGCAGAUCGUCGGCCUUUUCGUGCUGAAGGCCAAGGAGAUUUCUUGGAUGAACAGGCUCACUAUCACUCCUGAUUCGUUAUACGGCCGUCAUGCUGAGCGACGCUUGAUGGAUCUCAAGAGGAAUGGAGCAGCAAUCAGAGAGCGUGUUCGCAAUCACCUCGACCGAGCGAAGGAGGAUAUCAUCCUCCUGGGAACCAGCAGGGGCGACAUGGACAGAAUCAUUAUUGCGCCAAUAGGUCCUGAGUUCCUGGCAGUCGCGCUGAUUAGCAACUUGCAGAAUAACAUCUCCAAGCAAGGCACCAACGAUAAGGUCGAUCUCAUCAGCCACUACCGGAACCACACCGCAAGACUCCGGUUCAACACCAACCGAAAGCCGAAGCGGCAGGCUUUUGUAGAGAUCCAUGCUCUCGAAGAGGAGUUGGAGGCUUUGCAGAUGGUGGUCGCUUCCCAACAGGGCAUGCUGAGGGCGUACCAGAGGCUCUUCUCCCCUUUGACUUUCAAGUACCCUACGACCGACUGGAUCUACUACAAAGAACGGAAGUCUCUGUUCAAACUCGAGAGCAAGUGCGUGCGCAGACAGCAGCGUCGCUUGGCGGAGCGCGACAGGGCGCUUGGAGUUCUUCGGAAGAAGGUGAGGGUGUUGAGAGACGAGACGAAGCAGAGGAUUGAAAUCCUUGAUGAGGGACAUGGAAAGGCGAUUCGGGUGUUCACCAUAGUGACCUUGUUCUUCUUGCCCUUGUAA